GCCACACUGUCUCUCUCUCUCUCUCUCUGCGAGCGACCAUGGCUCUACUCGCGAAGACCACCGCCUCGCGUCUCUCGCCGCACCUCCGCGUUCUCUCCCUCCACACCACCGCCCCUUCCCUCUCCGCCGCCGCCGGGGGUGCCACGUCCAGUCCGACCCCCUACGCUCGCGCGCCGCCUCCCUCCGCCUCCUCGCCCCCCGGCCUCUCCAAGGCGGCGGAGUACGUGAUCUCCAAGGUCGACGAUCUCAUGAACUGGGCCCGCCGCGGCUCCAUCUGGCCCAUGACCUUCGGCCUCGCCUGCUGCGCCGUCGAGAUGAUGCACGCCGGCGCCGCCCGGUACGAUUUCGAUCGCUUCGGCGUCAUCUUCAGGCCCAGCCCUCGCCAGUCCGAUUGCAUGAUCGUCGCUGGCACGCUUACCAACAAGAUGGCUCCUGCUCUUCGCAAGGUUUAUGACCAAAUGCCUGAGCCGAGGUGGGUCAUCUCCAUGGGAAGCUGUGCUAAUGGUGGUGGUUACUACCACUAUUCAUACUCCGUUGUUCGGGGUUGUGACAGGAUCGUUCCUGUCGACAUCUAUGUUCCUGGUUGCCCUCCAACUGCUGAGGCCUUGCUUUAUGGUGUACUCCAGCUGCAGAAGAAGAUCAACAGGCGCAAGGAUUUCCAUGUCUGGUGGACCAAAUGAGGCUCUUGUAGGUGUUUAUGUUCCUGGAAGCUUUGGUUGUGUCCUUAUUGGAUGAUAAAUAAGACUUGUGCUGGCUUUUCCUACCUGGUAAAUGGUAUGUAAAAGCGAAGGACCUGGGAAUCACCGUGACUAUGAUUUUGGGAUGUUCUUUAUGGCAAAUUACUGAUGCAUUACGAAUGGGAUCUCUACUCUUCCGAAGCUUCUACACUGAAAGCUUUGAUGUGCACAAACUUUCGUGCGAUGUACCUGUUUAAAGCAGAUGGAAUGUUGAUAUGUGGGACUAAAUAAAACCCUUUGCUAUUUGGUUCAUGAA